CGGGCCAACCCGGGGGCCCGGCCAUCGCGUUGCCACCGGGCCCGCUGCCGAACGGCCGCGACGAAGUGCGGCACUUGUCUCCGGCGCGGAUGGCCAGCGCCAAGAAGCGGGCGGAAACCGAACAAAAUGAGGCGCGUCGCGAUAGGCGCCCCCGCGCAUUUGGAGGGGGCAGCGUAG